AUAGAUCACUCUGUGGCGGGUAUUUUAGCUGGAAAGUUGUCGUCUUUUUUAAAUGGUGCGGUUGGUUUUUGGCCGUUGAGGGGAUUCGGAUGCCCACUCGGAGUUAUUCUGUUCAUAUGGCUUUAUUCUGGUACUUGUGACGUCAAAAAAAUAUGACAAAGUUGCUGCUUUUUGUAAUUGGGUUGGAUCAAACGGAUCGGGAAUAUGUCUCUUGAGGUUGAAGCUUUAUGCUUUAUUUCCCUUUCAUGAUGGAAAUAUGGGGUCUUUUGUUGUUUGUUUUUGUCGUGGCCUGUCGGUGUUUCGGUGGGGGAGGGAGGUCAUAUUCGGGGAGGGAUUCGUUCCUCUCUAACGUGAAUGCGGUUGUGGGAGCUUGAGGACGUGUGAGGGGAUGUAAGAGAGGAACUACUUUGAGAGCUUGAGGAAGCCGAGGCAUUUAAGGACAAUGUCCGAGAGUGAGGAGAAGAAAGACAACACCAUUCGGGCAGAACCAUCCCCAACCACUGGGUCCUUUUCCUUCCAUUCAGUUGUAAAUGAUACUGUUAGAUCAAACUUGCCAUAUUCUCCGAAGGGAAAUUACAGGAACUGUGUGCAUGAUGAAGGGAUCUCAGGAGAUUUCGAGUUCAAACCACAUGUCAGGACAUCCUCACGUUCAGGCUUAUCCUCCCUGGGACACUUGACUUCCAUCACCCCGGCCCAAAAAGAACAGGAAUCUUGCAGACAAAUUCAAGCUCAAACACAAUCUCAGACAGUGGAAUCUUCUCAAUUAGUUCAAGCUGAGAACUUGGCUCGAUCUUCUCGUGAAUUAACUUUGCCGGUGACAGCUUCAGAUUCCCCUAUCGAGAUGUUACCGUCAGAUGUUAAUAUAUCUGAGGGUGUUACUCAUGAUGAUUUGCAACAGCUAAAUGGUUAUGACAAUGGCGUGCAGACAUUACAAUGUGAUAAUAAUGAAUCUUCUCCAUCAACGGUCGUUGAGAAGUCAAUGGAAGAUGGAUAUAACUGGCGCAAAUAUGGGCAGAAACAUGUUAAAGGGAGUGAAUUUCCUCGGAGCUAUUAUAAAUGCACACAUCCCAACUGCCAAAUGAAAAAACAACUUGAACGCUCUCAUGAUGGUCAAAUUACGGAAAUUAUCUAUAAAGGUCGGCAUGAUCAUCCUAAACCUGAACCUAACCGUCGAUUAGCAGCGGGUACAAUUCUUUCAGGUCAAGGAGAAGAAAGGUCUGACAGACUCCAUUCUGUAGCAAGUGCUGAAGAGAAACUAUUAAAUGCACCCCACCUAGAUCCAAAUGGCAAUACUGAGUUAUCUCCCAUAUCACCAAGUGAGGAUGAUGCAGAAGCUGGAGUUGUAGGAUCAAAUCAAAAUGGAGAUGAGGUUGCUGAUGAUGAUGAUGAUCCAGAGUCAAAGCGCAGGAAGAUGGACAAUGCUACUUUUGAUGCUACACAAAUUGGUAAAAACAACCGAGAACCUCGAGUAGUUGUACAAACUAUCAGUGAAGUUGAUAUCCUAGAUGAUGGGUACCGCUGGCGCAAAUAUGGACAGAAAGUCGUGAAAGGGAAUCCCAAUCCAAGGAGUUACUACAAAUGCACCAGUGUUGGUUGCUCGGUGAGGAAACAUGUAGAGAGGGCUUCGCAUGAUCCAAAAGCCGUAAUAACCACUUACGAAGGAAAACACAAUCACGAUGUACCUGCUGCAAGAAACUCCAGUCAUGAUACAGCUUCACCCAUGGUUAACAAUGGUAGCAGCCCUCUCAAUACUCAAAUGCCUAUGGGUAUCAGUAGCAUGCUAAGAACUACCUAUAACUCGAUUCCGACUUCUCACUGCUACAAUAGGCCAGAAGAAACUACUGUCAACCUCAACCUCGGUGUUGGGAUCAGUACAAAUCACAAUACUGAUGGUAAUAAUCUUAUGGUUCAAAGGGCACCAUUAUCAGUUGUUUAUGGAAGCUCAGGCAAUGGCUUAUAUGGAUCAAGAGAAGGGAAUGCAGAAGGAUUUUCUUUCAGGGCUCCAUCUGUGAACCACUCAUCUGAGCAUUAUUAUCCGAAUUCAGGAAAUUUGGUGAUGGGCCCAUAAUUGUAUUCUCUGUAUUAUGUUGUACUAUAGUUCAUCUCCAUCAGAUAAUAUGGAAGCUGGUGAGCACUGAGCACUUGAUCGACGUGAUCAUGGGACCUAAAGAUGGUCGAAGAAUUUUCGGAUAUUCUAUAAAAUAUCUCAGAAAUGGUGGAGAUAAGAAAAAAAAGCAGAGGAACUUUGUUUCUGGGCAUUUCUGUUAACCCCCCCCCUGUUGAAAAAGCCAUUAUCUGUACAAGGAAAGAUUAUCAAAGGAGAGAGUGUAUUAUUAUAACAUAGAAAGACUGUACUGUUGUAGUAUAUUUCCUAGUUUGUCUAAUAAUUCUUGCAGAGAUCAUGUGCUUUAAUCGAAAAAACCAUAUCUGGAAUUAUUCUUGGACUCUGGGGGAAGGGAAAAAUCGUAGUGUUUCCUUUGAA